CGGCCGGGCCGGGCCGGGCCGCUCCCGCGAGGCACCGCCGGCAGCGCCCCGAUCCCAGAACGCCGCGGUGCUGCAACGCUCUGCUCACCCGAAAAAUCCAAAUAAACACCUUUACAACCUUCAGGCAGGCAGCAGAAAACAAAAAUGCGCCCGAUGCGGAUCUUUGUGAACGACGACCGGCACGUGAUGGCCAAGCACUCGGCCGUGUACCCCACGCAGGAGGAGCUGGAGGCCGUGCAGAACAUGGUUUCCCACACGGAGCGGGCCCUCAAAGCCGUCUCCGACUGGAUCGACGAGCAGGAGAAAGUCAGCGGGGAGCAGCCGGAGACGGAGUCCAUGGAGACGGCGGCCGAGGAGGAGAGCAAGGAAGGAGGGGAUCAGAAGGCCACGGAGCAGCUGACGAGGACCCUGCGGGGGGUGAUGCGCGUGGGGCUGGUGGCCAAAGGCCUCCUGCUGAAGGGGGACCUGGACCUGGAGCUGGUCCUGCUGUGCAAAGACAAACCCACGGCCAAGCUCCUGGAAAAAGUCGCCGAUAAUCUGGGAGUGCAGCUCGCGGCCAUCACCGAGGACAAGUACGAGAUCAUCCAGUCCGUGGGAGACGCCGCCAUCAUCAUCAAGAACACCAAGGAGCCGCCGCUGACGCUGACCAUCCACCUGACGUCCCCCGUGGUCAGGGAGGAGCUGGAGAAGCAGCUGGCCGGAGAAACGCUCUCAGUCACCGACUCCCCGGACGUUCUGGACAGGCAGAAAUGCCUUGCUGCCUUGGCGUCUCUGCGCCACGCCAAGUGGUUCCAGGCCAGGGCCAACGGGCUGAAGUCGUGCGUCAUCGUCAUCCGGGUGCUGCGGGACCUCUGCACUCGCGUUCCCACCUGGGCCCCGCUCAGAGGAUGGCCUCUGGAGCUGCUGUGUGAGAAAUCCAUCGGGACGGCGAACCGGCCGAUGGGCGCGGGCGAGGCUCUGCGCCGCGUGCUGGAGUGCCUGGCCUCGGGCAUCGUCAUGCCAGAUGGUUCUGGUAUUUAUGACCCUUGUGAAAAAGAAGCCACUGAUGCUAUUGGGCAUCUAGACAGACAACAAAGGGAAGAUAUCACACAGAGUGCUCAGCACGCGCUCCGGCUCGCCGCCUUCGGCCAGCUCCACAAAGUCCUGGGCAUGGAUCCCCUGCCCUCCAAAAUGCCCAAAAAACCAAAGAACGAGAACCCAGUGGAUUACACCGUUCAGAUCCCGCCCAGCACCACGUACGCCGUCACCCCCAUGAAGCGGCCGAUGGAGGAGGACGGGGAGGAGAAAUCUCCCAGCAAAAAGAAAAAGAAGAUUCAGAAAAAAGGUAUUGAGUUAACGAGAGAGGAGAAGCUGGAACCUCCUCAGGCCAUGAACGCUCUGAUGAAGCUGAACCAGCUCAAACCGGGGCUCCAGUACAAACUGGUGUCCCAGACCGGCCCCGUGCACGCUCCCAUCUUCACCAUGUCCGUGGAGAUCGACGGCAGCACCUUCGAGGCCUCGGGGCCGUCCAAGAAAACGGCGAAGCUCCACGUGGCCGUGAAGGUGCUGCAGGACAUGGGUUUGCCCACGGGAGUGGAAGGAAAAGACUCCGGGAAGGGCGAUGAGUCGGCGGAGGAGACGGAGACGAAGCCGGUGGUGGUGGCUCCUCCGCCCGUGGUGGAAACGGUGUCGACGCCCACGGCGGCCUCGCCCACGGCGGAUCAGACCCCCGAGAACGUGAAGCAGCAGGGACCAAUCCUGACGAAACACGGGAAGAACCCGGUGAUGGAGCUGAACGAGAAGCGGCGCGGGCUCAAGUACGAGCUGAUCUCGGAGACGGGCGGGAGCCACGACAAGCGAUUUGUCAUGGAGGUGGAGGUGGACGGGCAGAAGUUCCAAGGAGCCGGCUCAAACAAGAAGGUGGCCAAAGCGUACGCGGCGCUGGCCGCGCUGGAGAAGCUGUUCCCAGAUGCUCCCGUUGCCAUCGAGCAGAACAAGAAGAAAAGAGCCCCCGUUGCAGCCAGGGGUGGCCCCAAAUUCCCGGUCAAACAGCACAAUCCAGGAUUUGGGAUGGGGGGAGGCCCCAUGCACAACGAGGCCCCCCCGCCCCCCAACAUGAGGGGUCGCGGCCGGGGCGGAAACAUCCGGGGCCGCGGGAGAGGCCGGGGCGGCUUCGGGGGCAACCACGGCGGCUACAUGAACACAGGGGCCGGCUACGGCAGCUACGGCUACGGAGGGAAUUCCGCCACCGCCGGCUACAGCCAGUUCUACAGCAACGGCGGCCACUCCAACUCGGGCGGCGGCGGCGGCGGCGGCGGCGGCGGCGGCGGCGGCUCCUCGGGCUACGGCUCCUACUACCAGGGCGGCGACGGCUACACGGCCCCCGCGCCCCCCAAACACGGCGGCAAGAAACAGCAGCACGGCGGCGGCCAGAAGGCCUCGUACGGCUCCGGCUACGCCGGCCACCAGGGCCAGCAGCCCUACGGACAGGGCCAGUACGGCGGCUACGGGCCCGGGCAGGGCAAGCAGAAGGGUUACGGGCACGGCCAGGGCGGUUACUCCUACUCCAACUCCUACAACUCGCCCGGCGGAGGCUCCGAUUACAACUAUGAGAGUAAAUACAGUUACAGCGGUAACAGCGGCCGCGGCAGCGGUGCCAACAGCUACUCCGGGGGCGGCUCCUACAACUCGGGCUCCCACGGGGGCUACGGCGGCUCCGGGGGCGGGGGCUCCUCGUACCAAGGUAAGGCAGGCGGAUACUCCUCUCAGUCCAACUACAACUCCCCGGGUUCCCAGAACUACAGCGGCCCCCCCAGCUCCUACCAGGCGUCGCAGGGCGGAUACGGCAGGAACGAGCACAGCAUGAGUUACCAGUACAGAUAAACCCCCGUUCCUCCUCCUCCUCCUCCUCCUUCCCUCCGGAUCCUCCGGAUUUUAUCCCCUUUUUCCCAUUUUCCCCCUUUUUUCCCCCAAAAUCCCCUUGCUCUGUGUGACCCCGUCACCUCCGGGCCUCUAUUUAAUGGGUCGUAGUUGCCACGACGACUUGGUUUAAAUAGGAUUAUUAUUAUUAUUUUUUUUUGUGGGGGGGGGAGGGGGUGUUUCGUUUUUUGGGGGUUUUUUUUUUGAGGUUUUGGGGUUUUUUUGGGGUGUGGGGAAGUCGAUCCGAUUCCGGAGCCUUUUCCCAGGCCCCGGCGAAGGGAGGGGCCCUCGUUGUUCU